UCCGGUACAGGAGCGGGUAAGAUGGUGGCCACUAGGCGAGCAUCGCGGCGAAGUGAGCCGAAGCCACCCCCGGUGGGGAGCACCGAUUCCCGGACGGUCAGAGAGAUUCCCUCAAUGGAAGGCAGCACACCUAUGAGGGCAACUAGGAGCAAAAGUAAAAUGAAUUCCCACCCAGAUGCCAUUGCUGAAUCUCGUUUUGAGAAAACGAAGGAUCCUAAAACAAAACCAGACUGUGGAGAGUAUUUGGAGGUCCAAGCAGCCCAGAAUAGGAGUGAAGCCACACAUUUAUCAGACUCAGUGGCUGAAUUGCAGGCUGAUGGAUAUAUUUCUGAGGCAGAAUCAAACUGUUCCUCUGUGUCUGGUCUUCAGACCCCCUUGUUUAUAAGGAUAACAAGAAGGCGGCAAAUUGUAGUUCCUUGUCAGCCAGAUUCUCCAGCUAAGAAUAGGCAGAGCAAGAGAUUGCUUCCUAACGAAGACAUCAAAUGCCAAGAAGAUGAUAUCUCUGAAUCAGAAUCAUGCUCUUCCACUGUUUCAGGAGUGCAAACUUCCAGUGCUGCAGGAAUUACUAGAAGCCGGCAGGUCAAGACCAAUAUAUCGCCUGUGGGUGAAGCACAAGCUGAAGAAGUUUCUGAUGCAGAAUCAUGGUACUCAGGUGUUUCUACAGAACCUUCUGUUCAAUUUAAAAGAAUGACAAGGAGUAUGCGAUUGAGAUCACAGGCAGAAACAAUAUCACAGGGUCAAAAGAAAAGUGAAGUAGUAGUUGUAGUAGGGGAUGAAAAAUUGCCUAUGUGCAUAACUAAAUCCCAGACAAUAAUGUCUGGCUUAGAACCCACAAACUCUGAUUGUGAUAAACAAGUUUCCUGUCUCUCAACUACUCAGAGUAAUGAGCAGCCUAACCCCUGCAAACUAAAGUACCAUUGUGAAUCUAUCACUGGUGGUGAUCUAAAGCAGAUAGUAUCAGGCAGCCCUAAAAAAAUAGACAGGGAGUUUACAAAAAUAACAUCUAAAAAAGAGAUGCAGAAAGAUAGGGAUUGUGAAAUUGUGGAUCAUGCAGAGGAAAAGGCAGGAAAGAACAAAACUGUAAGGGAAUCAGCAAAAAAAGAAAUAUCAAAUAUUUAUGAAACUCUGGAAAGCACAGAAGAAACGUGCAAUCAAACAUCGGAAAAAUCUAUAAAAGUACCUGAAAAACUGUCUCCAGUGAAGAGAACAGUCACAUUGUCAAGGCAGACAACCACUAAUAAAGCCAAACACAAUAUGGAAACCAAAAAGCCAGAAACUAGAAGGCGCACGCAGAGCUGUUUCCAUCAAGCAGAAAUAGUAAUAGAAGUGGACAAGCUGCCUGAGACAUGCAAUGUGCAAAAUGAUAUCCCAACACAGACUAUUGAAAUCAGUGAUGAUGACUGCAGGAUGUCUGUUGUUAGUAUAGAAAGUCAAGAGGAGCCAGUUGCUGAAUUCCCUUUAUGUGCAACCACAAAAACACAGGUUAAGGAGUCUUCUGUUGUGUCACUUUGUAUCAGUGAUGAGAGCAGUGAAUCUGAUAGUGAUUUAGAAGAAACAAAUGGAAUGACAGUGACUGCUAGUUGUGCAGACAGUAAUCAAAAUGCAUUGGCCCUGGACAACUCAAUCAGUGAAGUACUGUUUGUAAUUGACAAAACUCCUGGCUUAGACUCUUGCAAAUCAUACUAUUUAGAAGAGGACACAGGGAAUGAUGGGGAAAGUACGACAAGCAAGAAAUCUUCAGAGCUGGAAGAAAAUGAAGAGGAAUUUAUUGAUGAGGAUGAAGGUUUAUUGAAUGUAACUACUAAAGUCUUACCGUUCUCAAGCAGCAUUGAUCCCGGUCUAAAUAUGAAAGACCUGGGAGGGUUAUAUAUUAAGUUUGAUGCAGGAAAACAGAAGCCUGGCUCACAUGGAAUUGUGCCACUGAAAGAGAAAAAAAAAGAUGAGCUCUUGCAGAAGAGUACUAUAACUCCAGACUUUGAAAAAAGGGAAUGUGUUCCACCUUUAAGAGAAUCAGUCUAUCAACUGAAGAAACAGCGUAGGGCAGAGCGAGAAAAAACAACAGGUGAUGGCUGGUUUGGUAUGAAAGCACCAGAAAUGACCAGUGAAUUGAAAAAUGAUCUUCAGGCUCUGAAGAUGAGAGCAGCCAUCGAUCCUAAACGUUUUUAUAAAAAGAAUGAUAGAGAAGGUCUCCCCAAAUACUUCCAGGUUGGAACUAUUGUGGAUUCUCCAGUAGACUUCUAUCAUGCUCGAAUUCCAAAGAAAGAAAGGAAGAAGACUAUUGUGGAAGAACUUCUGGCAGAUUCUGAAUUUAGAAGGUACAAUAAAAGAAAAUAUCAAGACAUCAUGGCUGAAAAGGCAGCCCUUGCAGCAGGCAAGAAAAACAAGAAAAAGAAGAAAUUUCACAAAUAAGCUGGAACACUACUUCCAUCUUCCAAAUAUAAAUUUGCAAAUUAUGGGUUAAUAGUGAUCACAUAUAAAUUAUGGGACAUAGCAGCCUUGUAUUGGCAACAGUUUUUGUCCAUGUAUUUUUGUUCUGUUUGGAAAUUAAAUGAAGGUAUUUCACUGACAGUAAAGAAACUGUUUCAAACGUAUACUAUCAUGUAUAAUCAAGAGUUCUGGAAACCUGUGCUUCAACUGUACAAAGUUGCCCUUUUUAUUUAAUCUAAAGAUCUGUAAAACUUUGGGUUUUCUUCAUAGACGUAUAAACUUUUUAUUAAAAUAUUUGUAAAAGUUCCAAAGUCAGGUGAGUUUAAUUUGGAUUUAAUUUUUGUAACUUAAUUUUGUUAGGGAAAUAUUGUAAAGCCACAAUUAUAUGUGUACUCCAGAAAAAAAAUGUAUCUUGUGCUGUAUUCUAAAAAAACUCUGCACAUGUUAUUAGUGGUUCUAAUAUAUUUCUGGAGGUUUUAUUUAACGUCCUCUUGAAAUGUAAAACUGCAUAUUUUUAUAAGAAGGCACUUAAAUAUAGUGUCAGUUUUUAAAAACAUCUUUGAACUCUUAAAUGUAUAUGACACAAUUCCUGUCCAAGAGUGUUAUAUCCCAUCUUUUAAAAGUUGCAUCUUUUAAAUACAGAGCAUUGUAUCCAAAGUUAGUACUAAUAACAGUGAAGUCUUCUUUGA